AUGCGCACCAAGAGGGGCCCUAUCCCCGCUCUCACUGGGCCCUCUGGCCAACCAGCUGGGGCGUCCGAUCGAGUUUCCCGGGCCAAAGUCCUGAUCCCGCGAGAUCGGUCCCGGAUCGUACUAUCUAGCUCCCGCAUACGCACCUCACGUGCCUGCGAUCCGUGUAGACAACGCAAAGCUAAGUGCAAUGGUGGCAGGCCAGCUUGUAUCCAGUGUGAUGGCCUGGCCAUCGAGUGCACCUAUUCCGAACAGAAACGCACCCUCGAGCAAAAAGAGCUCACCCUGCUGCGGAGCACCAUCCGACGCCAUGAACGAAUGAUCCAGCUCAUCUCCGCUCGACCCACAAACCAGGACGAUGAUACUAUAGAUGACCCCACGGAUUCAAUCCCCUCGCAAGGGGCAACCAAGGAGAUAGUCCCAGUGGCUCCACCGUCUCAGGAGGAGGCGCCCCCAUCCGUGGAGCUUCAUUACCCUGAAAGCUUGGAUCAAGCCCUGGGAGAGCUUCAGGGGCAGCUUCGGGACCUGCAUCAGAUCUACCAAGUGGUUCACGAUUGUGAUCCAGCAGUCCUGCCCUCCGUGGUGGAGACCAUCCGGCGGAGCGCAUCCGUUCACGAUGCGGCCAUGCAUCUCGACCAGCAGGUGUCAACGCAACGGCCGGGAGUCACCCUUGGCAGAGUGCAGCGGGCCUGGCUCAGUCGACUUUCUGGCAAAGCGGAGCUGGUCUGUCGACAUCCCCCGUAUACGGUCACGGCGGCGGAGAAGUGGACAUCGGUCGUCGAUAGUCCGGUAGCCUCGCAUCUAUUCUCCCUCUUCUUCGUCUGGGACAAUCCUACCUGGCAUCUGAUCGAGCCAAGUGUGUUCCUUGCCGACUUUCAAUCCGGAAGGACGCAGUUUUGCUCCUCGUUGCUGGUGCACGCCAUCCUCUUUUUUGCGUGUCACUAUUCAUACGACCUGGAGAAGCCAUGGGAUAGGAGGGAGGAGAUGUCCAUUGCCAAGAGACUGUUCCGAGAGAUUGGUCGUCUCUGGCAGCGGGACAAGGACAAAGCAUGUCUAACCACUGUUCAAGCCAGCUUAAUUCUAGGGCUGUUUUUCAACGCGUCCGGAAAGGAUAAAAUCGGGACGCAAUACAUCUACUAUGGUGGCCAAAUGGCGUUGCAGCUGGGGCUGCAUCUUCCUUCGUCGGCCGUCUUCCACAGCGACUCGAUGGCGGAAGCGAAGCGAAAUCACUGGGCACAUAAGCUCAUUGCCUGCGGGAUAUACGAUGUACAAUCGUCAGUGAUCAUCCUCCAGCAUGACGCUGUAUACAAGGUGCUGAUGCCCGAUAGAAUAACAAUGCAACUGGGGCGCAAACCAUCACCCUGGAAAGCACCCCCCGAGAACUACUUCUCGCAGGAAGAAGCCCUGUUUUCAGAUGUCAAUCAACAAUGGGCGCCUUAUCCGUUCACAUAUCCGACAUUCAAGCCCUAUGCGAACACAGGGGUCUUCGUCCGCCGCAACCUCCUGAUCCUUAUCAACGAUAUUUCGAGUUUUGAGGCGCAGAUGCCUCACCGCGUCGAUCUUCCGAGCUGGCAACAAGGCACUCUAAUCCACGAGAAGUUACUCACAUUUGAAAGGACUCUGCCGAUCGUGCUUGGGAUAGGAAGGAACAAAACCCCCCACAAUUUAUGCCUUCAUCUAUAUUAUCACAUGGCUGUGGUCAAUCUCUGUGGGCUUUUCAAUUCCCGAGAAGCCACUACGACCAAGGAAACCAUUAUUGCUGUGACACAAUUCGACCCGCAGCAAGUCUUAGAAGACGCCAUGGAUGCCAUGGCAACAAUCAUCUUAAUGUACCGUGUUUGCCACGGGUGGAAAUCAUUACCAGUGGUCAUGGUUCACUACUUUUUUGUUAUUGGGCUCCAUGCUGCGUCCAAUCUGCGAUCUUCAAAGUGGCGCGAAGUGCUAGUAAGCUGCGUGUCAGGUCUUUGGCACAUGGGUCUAGCGUGGCGAAUAUGUCGACCGUUUUUGCGCACGAUCCAGUUGGUGUUGAGCACUGGCACCGACGAAACGUUGAUUCCCGUCGAGGCGCAGUCCAUCUUACGGGAAUUCAACGAAAAGCUAUGGACCCAGCAAGAGGUCCAAUCGGUCUCCGCUAAUUACGUCGUCCAUCAUCAUCAUCCGACGAGGGAUGGACUUCAGGGCGGCGCCUUCCAAGGAGAAACUUUAGAGAACCUGAUCCGAGCCUUCGAUCGGCUCAGCACAGCGGAUGAGCAGGUAAGCGUGGCCGCCUGA